AUCUUCUAGAGUUUAAAUUUCAUUGUUGUGCCUUUCAUUGAGAAAUUACAGCUUAAGUCAGGAACAUUUUUUUUUUAAUUUUAGAGAGAGGAGCCUGAAUAGACAGUUAAUUUAAAAAAUGGCUACAAAUUCGUGUUUGACCAUACACGAAAAUAUUUCUUUUUUAAUCGACAAAGAGAAUUCCACAGACGUGUCUUUGCUUCCGCCCAGGGAUUACCCGGUCCAGUACCAGGUUAUUUCCGUGAUUAUCGGUAUUGUGAUAUUUCUGGUUGGGAUGAUUGGUAACAUCCUCGUCAUUGUGGUGGUAUGUAGGACUAAGUGCAUGCAUACCCCCACCAAUUGUUACCUCCUCAGUCUGUCUGUCGCUGACUGCCUCGUCCUCCUCUCUGCUACCCUCCCCUCCAUUCCAGAACCAUUUUUUCACACUGCAGAAUGGCCCUGGGGUCGUGUUUGUUGUUCUCUUUUAGUGUUUCUACAGUAUCUUGGAGUUCAAGCAUCUUCAUUAUCGAUAACAAUGUUUACCAUCGAGCGAUAUAUCGCGAUAUGCCACCCUAUGAAAGCCCAACGCAUGUGUACGGUGCAAAGGGCCAAACGGAUUAUCAUCGCCAUUUGGAUUUUCACGAUUCUGUACUGUGCCCCUUGGUUGGGACUUACUGCAGUGGUGACUGACCCAAGGACACGGAUCCGAAUGUGUGUCCACCGACUAGAAAGGGAGAAAUAUCUGGCUUACUACCUCACCGAUCUCAUCGCCUUUUACAUCGUCCCUCUCCUUGUGUCCGGUAUUUUAUAUGCUCUGAUCGCUAGGAUUUUAUUUAUUAACACUCUUCCUCGUUCUAAAUCUGAGGAACAUCGAUGUCCAAAGACGGAUAAAUGCCGAGUUAAGACCUCUACAACCACCUCUAGAAAACAGGUUGUAAGAAUGCUGAUUGUCAUUUUCGGAGUCUUUGCAAUCCUGUGGAUGCCUUACAGAGUUAUGGUGGUCUAUAACUCUUUUGCGAGUACAAAAUACAAGGAUCCUUGGUUUUUAUUGUUUUGUCGAAUUAUGGUUUACAUCAACAGUGCCAUAAAUCCCAUCCUUUAUAAUGCCAUGUCUGUCAAAUUCAGAAGAGCUUUCCAAAACAUACUAUGUUGUGGGGUUGGGAAAUUGAAGCACGGAUCUGAUGCCUAUUCAGAAUACACGAUGGACCAACGAGCAGCCAUCAGACUCAACAACUGCCCGGGUAUGGAAAAGUCCUAUCUCCUCAUGCCGCCUAAUUCUAAAAGAAAAAACCAAUCUAUGGAAAGCAUAACACUGACUGAAAGUGACGGUGGUCGGACUGCCAUCUGACAAGGUGCGUGCCAGUGGUGAACAUAGGCUAGGCUAGUACAGGUCAGUGACACGUGGACUCCGGGAGGAGAUGAUUAGAUGGUCAGGACUGUGAGAAACCCUGGCGAUUUUGUCACAUUUAAGUUGAUUUAUUUUUCGCGAAAUGAUCGUUGAGAAGGAAAUAGGUUCUUCGAUUUCUACUGAGAAAUAAUAUGAACAAACAGUGAUCCAUCCUCCGUCUCCAGAAGAACAGAGCACCAUUUUGAACGAGAAAUGGGAUUAAUUACUUAAGUUAUUAUGGUGGUGAUAUUAUGUUUGAUAUUUCUUAAUAAAAAUUGGUAACAA